GCUCACUACUAUAUAUCCCCGGUCGUACGUACAUUCGCAAUCUUCGACGAGAUGAGCGCUGCAUGUGACGCGAAGGCUGUGCUGGAGGACAUCGACAAGUUCGACAAAUCUGGGCUGCAGCAUGUGACUCCGGCUGAGAAGAUUGUACUUCCCGAUGCAGAGACAAUCCAAAAGGAAAAGAAAGAGAAAAGUCUUCUGAACGAAAUUACUCACCCCCAUACUCUCAAACCAACUGAAACAGCUUUGAAGAAUCCUUUACCCACAAAGGAGGGUGAGCACUCACUAAGAAACUUUUUCCAGGUUAUGGGUAUUUAAGUUACCAACUUCACCUUGUCGUUUGCAGUCUUCUCUGUUACACUCAUAUAGUAGGCAAAGUUAGACUUGGUUUGCUUUCGGUAGCUUAUUUUGAUAAUUACUUUUUGCAACUGCAUUUCUGUACCUAAUCUCUAUCACUUUUCUGGUAUCAUACACUUCAUCCAUUGCGUAAAGCACAUGAGGAGCCGAAGUACUGCUACUGUUUCCCUUUGGCUUUGAUUAACUCAUUAACAAUAAACCAGUGUGUUUUUUCUUGUGCCUAGUGCUGAAUAUCGACACUUCGAAAUGCCAACGCAGCUUUUGGAUGUAAUGUUGAUUGUCGUUACAUCCCGAUUGUUUGAUCCAGAUCCCAAUUUAGCACCCUUCUCAUUGUCUCCCUUACCUAGUCCCUCCGUUUCUACCUAUCAUGUAUUAUGGAUCAUUUAGCUGUUACAAUUCUUUUCACACUGGCAGAGCAGUACUAGGCGUCCACGACUAUCGCUGAGUCCACCCAAUCGUUGUUACUAUCGACACUGUUGAUAACUUCUCCAUAUGUGGGCAUGAGUCGGCGGAUCACUUUCUGUAUUGGCGUUACUGUAGUGACGUAGUGGCUUUUCGCUUGGCGAGCGUUCUCCCUAUAAAAGUCACAUAUGUCUGUUUAACAACUGCCACGUGGCGGAUGUGACUCGUCACUAAAUAAAGUCACUGCCCCAUCGCUUCAUUCCGGUAAAGCAUUGUAUUCCAUCAACGCGAGGCUGUAAUUGUGGGGUGGAUUUGGCCACUGUUUGUUAACCGACCAAGCUAAAGGCGUAUGAAGUGAGCAAUCAGUCACCGGCUCGCAAUAAGCGUGAUUCCCUGAAUUCGUCCCGCUGCCUUUCGAGUAGGCCAUUUAGCCAAAGGCUCGGGUGGUGUCCCCUUGGUCAACAUCCUACUUCGGUUUGAGCAACCCGAUAGUUUCUUGCCCUCUUCUCUGUGUUGUGUUCGGUUUUCUUUUUGUGGCAUAUGUAUCUUUCUUUGAUUUCAAUGGUUUUGAUGGCUCUGCCUAUUCGCAAACUGAUUCAAAACCGUAAUGAUGAGGACAGUUACCCUUGGAGCGAAAUGCGAAAGGCAACUAAUCAUCACAACUCUGCUGCUCACUCAGAAUCACCAAUGGUAUGCGCCGAGGCAGUAUAUUCCGAUAGUCUAUGUACAAAAUGUCUAACCUAAGGCUAGGACGGCACCGGUACACCGGGCUAGCUCCGGGAUCAUAAUCGAACCGUCAGCAACCCAGAAAAACGUGAGGGCGACUCGAACUCGCAGAUGGCGAAUAAUCGCAUGCAAACGAAUGCGGACAGGCACUUUAGAUUACCUGGAUACGUGGUAAAACUGUUCUAGAAGAAUUUCACCAUCCUUCCUCAAGCGAACGUGGAAAUUGUCAGGCUACCCUGUUACUCUGUAGAGUUGCUGGCGUUCCCCUAUAUGCUCUACUGCGCAGCAUUCCUACUUUCAAGCCAUCGCUUUUAUUGAUCAAACUCCAAAUUAUUAAAUUAAUUGUGCCACGUAGUUUUCCCUGCUCCAGUCACAGCAAUUCUGUUUAAAGCAUUUGGUUCUCUUCAGUAGUUUUAGCAACCAAAUGAGAAGACGAACAUUGGCAGAUGAGAACCCUUCGUAUUAUCUCGUGAUUAUCAAUACGAUAACCGGGAAAUCUUUUUCUAUGUGUCGUAGGGCACAAUCAUGCGCAUCACGUUCUUUGUUGUUGGUAUUAAGGCCACAGCAACUGCAGGUGGACAACUAGUCGGUUUUGGACACAUAAAGGUGGUCUAAUUCGACUUAUCGCGAGCGCCAUGGCAAAUCACAAAAAGCAUGAAUUUGUGUAAAACAGCAAGCUCCGGAACGCCGGUGACGUGGUGCCAAAAUGUGACUGCUCAUGGCAGACGCCAGCGGCUUACGCGAGCACGUAUCGUCGGAAGAGAAUUGAUUAACUUGGCGUUGAACCCAAUUUGGUAAGUGUUCCUUCACUCUAGAAUCCAAAGCCCGGUCGGUUCUGCCGACGUAACUGACUCCGCGGUCACACGAAUUGGUACAUGCAAUGCGAUUUUGAGCCAAUGGAUUCCUCUUUGACUGAAGUCAACAGCAACUUUCGGGUUCUGUUGAUAACUACCGUCUCCGCGGCGCAGUACGUACGCUGAAUGGCCGAGGCUAUGCCUUUAGUUGUCCUUGCUGCGGUAUUACCCUCGAAUGGUAACUCGAUGUAUAACUUUCUUCGGUGCCGUCAACACCGUUCCCUUAGCCGGUCUAACCUGACUAUGUUUGUACAUGAAUCGCUUUGGGUAGCCAUUUUGCAUAAGCGCUAUUAUGAUUAGGUCAGGUCCCUCAGUUGGGCAGUCGUUCGAGCAGAUACGUCUAGCCCGAGUGAACAGUGUUUUCACCAACAUGCGCUGUUGUGUCAUCGAUGAGAAGGUGCUUAAGUGUUGGUAUUGGCCGGACUAUGUUGACUUCCGGCAUAGAGAUCACUUAAUGAGCCUGCGACUCAUAAGAAGGUCAAGAUAUAGGAAAUGCCCAUUCGACUCGAAUUCUGUGGACGUGUAGUUGUUAUUUACUAACGUGCCUUUGCUAGAGACAGUUGGUUACAUUUGUCACCUGAUAGAAAAGGAGAAUUUCCGCCUACCAAUACCGGCGAACCUCAUGAGACAGUCCCUGUUACUUUGCACGGAUUCCGAUUCCAGCACACAUUUCCAAACUGAUACAUCAGCUAUGCGUGGUCCACUGGGCCCAGUACUGGCGGAUUUUUCACUUGAUGUUUGAAAGGGAAUUAAGUGGAGCGAUUUCUCAACUACCGUAUUACAAACGAGAUGUAGAUGACAUCCUUGUUUUCCGUUCCUCGAGGAUUCAAAUAAAACGAUUAAUAGUAUACAAACACUACAGGAUAGGCUGACGCGUAGCGCUUCACGCUCCGAGGUGUUUUGCACCUUCAAAGUGCACAAUACUGUUACAGGACUGGAUCGAUAUACCUCCGGUUCUAACUGUCACCGAACAGCCACUGUAAGUGAUUGACUGGUUCGUUUACCUUGGUAGCUGUGUCGAUUCUGGUCGUCACGUCACUGAACGAGUUAUUUCACGCGUCAUCAAGGCCCGUGUGGCUUUCCAGAGAUUUAACCAUCUAUGGAAACGGCGGAAUAUCAGUCUGUCAGUGAAAGAUAGGGUGUACAAUGCAGCAAUGAAGCCAGUGUUAUUGUAUGGAUCAGAGACCUGGCCACUUCGCGGCGAAGACAUAAAACACUUGAUCGUGUUUGACCACCGGUGCUUACGGAUUAUUACUCACGUCUUUGGGAACACCGAGUGAGCAAUGCUGAGGUCUGCCAGUUAGUUUUUGGCAAGAAGCCUUCGAAUGUUUAUCAAAUCUUAUUCUCUUAGGUUAGCUGGACCGUGUUCUCUGUAUGCCCGUUGACCGACUUCCUCGGCGUGCAUUAUGCGCCGUGGUUGAACCAAAUUGGUCUAAACCACGAGUUGACCAGUCUAUGAGGUGGCAUAAAUAAAUUGCCUGAGAGACUUGGUUAAGCUGGCGCGUGCCGUUUUCGCGGAUGGGGGCCUCGGGAUAGUCCGCACCAAUAACUAGAGACCGUAUCAGACAUAACACAGCCACGCAGCCAGUGGCGUUGCUGCGUUCGGUUUUUUGCAUCUGGUUGCUAAUUUUCGUUUCCAUAUUCGUUUAACCCACUUCCAUUUUUUACAUCCCAUCUGCCUUUAGCUCCACUAUCGUGCCCCUGUUAUCUAUUGUUAUUCUUGCGAUGUGAGUCGUGGCAACUGUAUCCACCGCACUUCGGAACUCAGAUCCUGGUUGUUCGAUUGAACUGAACUUUCAUUCUCCACAUCGUUAAUCCGCUUAUUUCCUUCUUUACUCCGACAGAUAUUGAAAAGGAGAAAGAGGCGGCCAAGUGAAAUCGAUGAACAUGUCGCCAGAUCUUUAAGCGCCGUGUAUCGAUUAUCCCCAACCACAUUUUCGAAAUAUAUUUAUACACUGUCUUC